CAAUUCGUAUACUCUGUGAUUUUCCAUAACUCAAUAAAGUCAAAUAUUAUCGUAUGACGCAAAUCGAUUAGUGUUUUGAAAAUUACACCGCAAAUAAAAAUAGCAAAAAGUGUAUUUACGUGUUGGGCGUUCAGAUUUUAUAACAGUAAAAUGAGGAACGUAGUCAAUGAUUACUUCGAUGUCGCCGUGGGGGUUGUGAGGAAGGCAGGGAGAUUCAUCACGCAAUAUGGAUCCGGCUGCGAAGAAUUUGAAGUAAAGAGCUGCGACAUUGACUUCGUGACCAAGGUCGAUAAGAUGGUUGAAAAUUUUAUCAUACACAGCAUUUCUAAACAAUAUCCUUCUCAUAAGUUUAUCGGAGAAGAGUCCGUGGCGGGCGGGGUCAAAGUAAAUCUUACUGAUGACCCAACCUGGGUGAUCGAUCCAGUGGAUGGAACCAUGAAUUUUGUACAUGGGUUUCCUUUCAGCUGCAUCUCCCUCGCUUUACUUAUUUCCAAGGAGCCGGUGCUCGGAAUAAUUUACAACCCGUUGAUGGACAAGCUGUACUCUGCGAAGGAAGGCCAAGGCGCCUGUUUGAACGGAGAACCGAUACAUACGUCUAAAGUAAAAGAACUUCGUCAUGCGCUUGUCGCUUUUGAAACGGGCACUAGUCGCGACGAGGAAAAGGUUAAAGUAGUUUUUGAAAAUUUCAAAACUAUGGUGGGUCAGGCUCACGGCAUUCGCGCACUGGGCUCUGCCGCCUUGAACAUGGCCAUGGUUGCGGAGGGAAGGGCUGACGCUAACUUUGAGUUCGGCAUUCACAUUUGGGACAUAGCUGCUGGCUGCCUGAUAGUGAAGGAGGCAGGAGGUGUCUGCAUUGACCCCAGCGGUGGGCCCAUCAACUUGCUUUCACGCCGCAUGCUGUGCGCCGGCCGCGAAGAACUCGCUAAUGAAUUAAGCAAGAAACUAACUCAGUAUUAUCCUGAUCAUGAUUAGGCCAUGUUAAGAUCACUCUAGAAAAUACUGGAAGUGAUUAUUCCAUUUUAUAUGUGUUUUGAUGUAGUCAUAUGUUGUAAACAUUGUGUAUUACCUCUUAUUAAAUUUCUAUAAUCUCUAUCUCCC